AUGAAGCUCUUGACAUCAUCUUAUUCAUCAUCUCCAUCAUCUUCAUCCACCCUCAGUUUUGACCCAACUUUGUGCAACUCCAAAAGUGCUACUGCAGGGUGUCUCACAGCCAUCUUGCGCAGGAUUCUCUGCUCUGGUGGCCUUCAAACACAACCAUCAAACACAAUCAGAGAACUUGAUUCAAUGUCAAUGGCGAGUGGCAAUGUUCAUGAAUUGAAGGGUAAGCAAAAGACAGAAGCUUCUACUACCACUGCUCCUCCUGGGAUAGUGGCAAGGUUAAUGGGUUUGGAGUCAAUGGGUGAAGCAAACCCAAGUUCACUAUCACGUAGCCGAUCCAUGAACUCUGUGAACUACUUGGGGGAAUGCAAGCGAAUGCAGGGUCUACAUAGGCGUGUUAAGUCUUCAUCAUCUUCGUUUUGUGAGGUGCCAACUUUCCACUUGCUUGAAAAUGAGAACUUCUUGGUGUUCAGCUUCGAAAAUGGAGGUGAGAGUAAAGAAUUCAAGUCCAGAGGGAGUAAAAAAGAAACGAGUUCUGCAGAGUCGAAGCAGAAACGAGAAGAGAGACGCGAGUUAGAGAAAAACAAGAGAAAAAAAGGGCAUGUUGAGAAGGAAAACUUGAGCAGAAGGGUGUCUGAUAUGUCUUCUGUCAAUGUUGGAAAUGAUGUUAAACUUGAAUUUGCUAACACUUUGCCUCUGUUCAACGUUUCUUCUGAAAAGGAGCACAUGGAUUCAGAAGCACUGAGAUUCUCACAGCCCGUGAAGAGAAAUGAAGUUACCAAUGCUGAGAAAGUGAAGAAGAGAAAGAAGGGAACAACCUGUUACAAAGAAAAGAAGGUAGAAACUGAAUGUAGUUCAGAAGAUUCAAGCCCAGUUUCUGUCUUUGAUUUUGAGCGUGAAGCUUCUGGAACAGAGGUAGAUUCUUUUGGUGUUAGUAUGAGUUGGAGAAGAAAAUUGUCACCAGAGCUUGAAAAUGACCAGCUCUUUACUCUGCAUUCAAAUAGUAAUUUGAUGAUUGAAGAAGGGAAGGUUAAGGCAAUUGAGAACAACAAACAUGAAGAAUCUAAGAAAAAAGAGAAGCAAAGCCAAGAGUAUGUAGAUAUUUGGGGUGAAAUUUGCAGGCUUGCUGAAGAUGAAUUGGUUGGAUCAAGUCAGUUAGAGGAACGAACGAAGAAACAAGGUGAUUUUGAAAGUGUAAGUGCUGAUUUUGAGUCAGAAAUUUUUGAUCACUUGUUAAAUGAGCUUAUAGAUCAACUUGUUGAGAACCCCUUGAAAGCAUUGCAACUUCAGAAUUUGUAA